AGAGAGUUGGAAGCAGCUUACAGUUGAGUGGCAGCCACCGGAUGGGAGAGCAGCAGCUGCCCACCAGUCCUGCCAUGACCACUGUGUUGUUGUAACCUUGUCUGCCACCAUCAGUGUGACUACCAUGGCGCACUCCACCAUGAAUGGUCAUCACAGUCCCAGUAAGCGGGUCUAUAAGGUGGUCCUUACAGGAGGGCCCUGUGGUGGUAAAACUACUGGACAGUCGAGACUUUGUACCUUCUUUGAGAACCUUGGCUGGAAGGUGUACCGGGUGCCUGAGACAGCCACGGUCUUACUCAGUGGUGGCAUCAAGUUUGGUGACCUGUCUCAAGACGAUGCUGUUGCUUUCCAAGAGAACCUACUGAAGUCGAUGAUGCAGAUCGAGAACACCUUCUUCAGUCUGGCAGAAACGUGCAGGAAGAACUGCCUGGUGAUCUGUGAUCGAGGAACCAUGGAUGCCAGCGCAUUUAUCCCAGAAGAGCAGUGGGAAGAGAUAAUGAAGAGGAAUGGUUGGAACCCUGUGGACCUGCGGGACACACGGUAUAACCAGAUCAUCCAUAUGGUGUCUGCUGCCAAUGGAGCAGAAGCUUUCUACACAACUGAGGACCACGCCUGCCGUAGCGAGAACAUUGAGCUGGCACGGCAGUUGGACAACAGAGCCGCUGAGGCUUGGGUUGGUCACCCAUAUUUCGAUGUCAUUGACAAUUCCACUGAGUUUGAUACAAAGAUGCGGCGCAUGAUCAGUGUGGUGUGUCAGAAGCUGGGUAUCGACACUGGCGACAGACUUAGCACCAACGCUCGCAAGCUCAAGUUCCUGGUCAAGGGACCACUUCCUACAGACUCAGUCUUUCCCAACUUCCAGGACUUCAAUGUCGAGCACAUUUAUCUGCGUACAAACUCGAGGAAAAUGCAAGCUCGCCUCAGGAAACGUGGUAAGAAUGGUCAUCAUAGCUACACACACACAAUUCGCAAACCAGAACAGCUGGGUCAGAUCGUGGAGGUGAAGACUCCCAUCAGCCAGCGAGACUGGAGCAAUAUGUCAGCACAGGCCGAUGAACACCACUUAAAAAUUUUCAAAAAACGCCGGUGUUUCCUCCACAACAACCAAUAUUUCCAGCUCGAUAUAUACCAACAGCCUUGUCAUCAAAGGUGUGAAGGUCUCAUCCUCCUGGAGACUUAUUCCACUCUUCCUUCCGAGGAGUUGCAGCGGCGCCUUCCUUCAUUCCUUACCAUAGACUCAGAAGUAACAGGCCGGCCUGAUUACUCCAUGUUCAACCUGAGCUUACGUGACGAGUGGGGCGUUACCAACAAAUUCUGUGUCAACAUCGCAGAGGAAGCUGAAGAGACUGCCUGUGGGUCUUGUCCUGGUUCUGGGCUCGACAUGCACCUGCACCAGCAGAGUCCCCUCCUUGCUUCAUCCAAACUAUCCUCUUCGCAUCAUGCUCACCUUGAGUCAAUAGCUCCAUAUAACCCCAUUCUUCCCACCCAUUUUGAGACAAUGUCCAAGAAACUACUCCCCAUCACAUCUAAAGUAGCCAUCAGCAGCCUUGAGGACAGCAUCAGUAUGGACACGAGAGGAGUGGAAAUGUCAGACAGGACACACCAGGACUCAAGAUGGGAAAUUUGGUGAUUGUUCAAGCUCCAACCAGGUCCAGAAGAAAUGCCACAGUGACACAGCUCUCCCAAAAACUGAGCAAUAUCGGGCAAAAUAAGACAACUGAUGAAGAACAUACUGUACCGUGUGACUCUGCAUCUCUGGUUCUUCCUUGGGAGUUUCCAUGAUCUGGAGGAAAACAAUACAAAGAUAUGUACAGGUACACCACCAAUUUUCCGGCAAUGGACAGUUCGGCACCUCCUUUAGCUUGGAUAAAAUUACUAGCAAGAACUUGAAAUUCCUGCACCCGCCAGACCAGUUUACUAGGCAGCCCACAGAUGGAGGUGUGUGUAGCCAAAAAGAAUGUGUCCUGUGGCUUCAACUUCAAGUACCCCGGAUGUCACACCUGCAGCAUCAGAAAUGCAAGAUGAAAUGAUCAACUAGGAAACAGUAAUCAUCACAACUCUCAACUUCCAGAUGCAUAAAUAAAUUUUCUUGUCGAAAAAAAUAUUGUUUAAUUUAAUUAUUUAAUUUACAUUUAAUAUUUGUUUAGUUUAAGGUUGUAACAGUACAUGGUGCUUUAGAGACGCACAGGAUUCGAGUGUGAUGAAGAAGGUUAUCACUGUUGGUUUGACAAAAUGGUUAAUCCGGUAAAGCUUUGGAACCAGGGGUGCCAGAAAAUCAGUGGUGAGCCUGUACUAUAUUAUUCAGUAAUAAUGAAAUAUACUUUUGUAUUAAAAAAUAUCAUGGCAUAUUUAAUCCAUGAUGCUUCCCCCCCACCCCCCAGGUAAUGUGCUGUAUUCUCCAUUUAUGUUGCACCCCAAGGUGAUGUGCUGUUUAUUGUAUUGAUGUUUUUGAAUCCAGGGUGAUGUGCUGUCUCCUGCACUGAUGUUGCCCCCAAGCUGAUGUGCUGUCUCCUGCAUUGAUGUUGCCCCCCAGGGUGAUGUGCUGUCUCCUGCAUUGAUGUUGCCCCCCAGGGUGAUGUGCUGUCUCCUGCACUGAUGUUUUUGCUUCCAGGGUGAUGUGCUGCCUCCUGCAUUAAUGUUAUGUCCCCCAAGGUGAUGUGCUGUCCCCUGCACUGAUGUUUUUAUCCCCCAGGGUGAUGUGCUGUCUUCUGCAUUGAACAGAAUGUACUAAACAGUCUGUAAAUUGUUAAUGUAACUCUUAAUAUACAGUGCUUUUAUCAAAAAUGGCUUAUAAGGCUGCCAAGCAGGUUAGUUAAGACUGUCAAGUGGGCAUACAAGGCUGCCAAGGGGAUUUACAUGAUCAAAUUAGUACUGAAUUAUAUUUAUGGUGAUGUGCUAAAUGCUUAAGUUACACACAGCACCUGAGGAAAGGGAGGUAACCAGAUUUGAUCCAAUAUUACAUCAAGGUGAUAAUACUGAUUCAUCUAAGUGUUCUGGGUGUAAACACCCAAGUGGCCCAGUCCAUGAUCAGGUCUCCCAGUGGAUCAGGACCUGAUCAACCAGGCUGUUACUGCUGGCCUCGCACAAUCCAACGUAUGAACCACAGCCCAGCUGGUUGGGUACUGACUUUAGGAAUCUAUCCAGUUCCUUCUUGAAGACAGCCAAGGAUCUAUUAGUAAUUGUUUUGUAUGAUGGGAGGCUGUUGAAUAGAAAUGAACCUCCCCCAACUCUAUUUUAUCUUAGCGUACUCACAGCAUCGCUACUUUUCAAAAGGGGGAAAGGUUGCACUGUCUGCUGAGUAUUUUGCUUUCAUAGGAAGUGAUUUCAGUGUGCAGAUUUGGGAUGAGUCCCUCUAGGAUUUUCCAAAAGUAAAUUAUGAUGCAUCUUUCUCAUCUGUGUUUCAAGGAAUACAGGUCAAAGAACUUCAAAUAUUCCAAGUAACUGAGGUGCUUGACUGAACUUAUAUGUGCAGCGAAGGUUCUCUGUACAGUCUCCAGAUUUGCAAUUUCACCUGCUUUGAAUGGGGCUGUUAGUGCACAGCAAUACUCCUGUCUAGAGAAAAUAAAGUGACUUCAAGAGGAUUAUCAUUGACUUGGCAUCCCUUGUUUUAAAGGUUCUCAUUAUCCAUCCUAUCAUUUUCCUCGCUAUGAUUAUUAUAAAAAUCAAGCACUAAACCCACAAGGGUCAUACAGCGCUGUCCUCGUAGCUGUGACACUGACAUCGUUGUGAUCCUUGAAGUAAAGAUCUUUUGACAUUAUCAUUCCAAAGUCACAUUAGCUUUUUACUCUAUUGUGUGGCUAGAAUUUGUGUUAUACUCCAUUUUAUCCUUUAUUUCCUCAAGUUUUUCAUAAUUAAGUAACUGAAAUUUCGCCCCCAUUUGAACUUAAUAUCGUUUUUUUGCGGCCCACUGGAAAACUUGGUUUGUAUCCACUAGGAGAUUUAGUGUCCUUAAUGGACGACACUCAUACAAAUUUUAGUAAUGUCUGCAAAAGAAGACACAGAGCUAUCUAUGGUUUACAUCUUUGUCUAUGUUAGAUAUUAAGAUGAGGAAAAAGAUGGGGGCAAAUAUUGUACUUUGUAGUUCUGUUGUGAAGAUAUUGACCAGAGAUGACAAUAUUGACCAGAGAUGACAAUAUUGACCAGAGAUGACAAUAUUGACCAGAGAUGACAAUACUGACCAGAGAUGACAAUAUUGACCAGAGAUGACAAUACUGACCAGAGAUGACAAUAUUGACCAGAGAUGACAAUACUGACCAGAGAUGACAAUGUUGACCAGAGAUGACAAUAUUGACCAGAGAUGACAAUAUUGACCAGAGAUGACAAUAUUGACCAGAGAUGACAAUACUGACCAGAGAUGACAAUACUGACCAGAGAUGACAAUACUGACCAGAGAUGACAAAACUGACCAGAGAUGACAAUACUGACCAUAAAUGACAAUACUGACCAUAGAUAAUACUGACCAUAGAUAAUACUGACCAGAGAUAAUACAGACCAAAGAUAAUACUGACCAGAGAUAAUAGUGACCAAAGAUAAUAUUGACCAGAGAUAAUACUGACCAAAGAUAAUACUGACAAGAUAAUACUGACCAGAGAUAAUACUGACGAAAGAUAAUACUGACCAGAGAUAAUACUGACCAAAGAUAAUACUGACCAGAGAAAAUAUUGACCAAAGAUAAUACUGACCAGAGAUACUGUAUAGUCCUUGUGGCUUAGCGCUUCUUUUUGAUUAUAAUAAUAAUGACCAGAGAUAAUACUGACCAAAGAUAAUAAUGACCAGAUAUAAUACUGACAAAAGAUAAUGACCAGAGAUGAUAAUGACCAGAGAUAAUAAUGACCAGAGAUGAUAAUGACCAGAAAUAAUACUGACCAGAGAUAAUACUGACCAAAGAUAAUACUGACCAGAUAUAAUACUGACAAAAGAUAAUGACCAGAGAUGACCACAGAUAAUGACCUGAGAUAUACUGACCAAAGAUAAUGACCAAAGAUAAUGACCAGAGAUGAUAAUGACCAGAGAUAAUAAUGACCAGAGAUAAUAAUGACCAGAGAUAAUAGUGACCAGAGAUAAUACUGACCAAAGAUAAUGACCGGAGAUAAUAUUGACCAGAGAUGAUAAUGACCAAAGAUAAUAUUGACCAGAGAUGAUAAUGACCAGAGAUAAUAAUGACCAGAAAUGAUAUUGACCAGAGAUGAUAAUGACCAAAGAUAAUGCUCAGAGAUAAUAUUGACCAGAAAUGAUGACCAAAGAUAAUAAUGACCAGAGAUAAUACUGACCAAAGAUAAUGACCAGAGAUAAUACUGACCUGAGAUAAUACUGACCAGAGAUAAUACUGACCAAAGAUAAUGACCAGAGAUAAUACUGACCUAAGAGAAUACUGACCAAAGAUAAUACUGACCAGAGAUGAUAAUGACCAAAGAUAAUAAUGACCAAAGAUAAUACUGACCAGAGAUAAUACUGACCAGAAAUAAUACUGACCAGAGAUAAUACUGACCAAAGAUAAUACUGACCAGAGAUAAUACUGACCAGAGAUAAUACUGACCAGAGAUAAUACUGACCAGAGAUAAUACAGACCAGAGAUAAUACUGACCAAAGAUAAUACUGACCAGAGAUAAUACUGACCAGAGAUAAUAGUGACCAGAGAUAAUACAGACCAGAGAUAAUACUGACCAGAGAUAAUACUGACCAGAGAUAAUACAGACCAGAGAUAAUACAGACCAGAGAUAAUACUGACCAGAGAUAAUACUGACCAGAGAUAAUACUGACCAGAGAUAAUACUGACCAGAGAUAAUACAGACCAAAGAUAAUACUGACCAAAGAUAAUACUGACCAGAGAUAAUACUGACCAGAGAUAAUACAGACCAGAGAUAAUACUGACCAGAGAUAAUACUGACAAAAGAUAAUACUGACCAGAUAAUACUGACCAAAAAUAAUACUGACAAAAGAUAAUAUUGACCAGAGAUAAUACUGACCAAAGAUAAUAUUGACCAGAUAUAAUACUGACCAAAGAUAAUAUUGACAAAAGAUAAUGACCAAAGAUAAUGACCAGAGAUAAUAAUGACCAGAGAUAAUACUGACCAGAGAUAAUACUGACCAGAGAUAAUACUGACCAGAGAUAAUAUUGACCAGAGAUAAUACUGACCAGAAAUAAUACGUAAGUCUGCUUCUUGAUGCAUUUCGUCCAUAAAUUAUAAUAUUACUGGACUACCACCAACUGACGCCAUUAUGAUCUAACUCAAAAUUUUACAUAAAAAAUAUAUAUUAAAACGUUGUUACAUAGAAUUGUUUCUCUUUAACAUUUUUCUUGCAUAUUAUUAUCGAAAUUAUUAUUAUUAUAAAGAAUCGCAAAUUAUUAUUUACAACUAAGCUUUAAAUCACAAUUUUAACAAAAAAGUUUAAUUUUAAUAUUCGUUUAUCAAAUUAUCAUCAAAAUCGAGCGCUAAACCCACAAGGGUCAUUAAUACUCAUUUAAUUGUUUAGGUCUGAUUUAUUAUAUGUUCCAUUGUUAAGACUCCAGUGAUUAUAAAUAUUUUUAUUUAAUAUCGACAGCAGAAUAUUAUAGGUAUUAUAUUAUGCACUAUUUUAAUUUCAACUGCUUUAUUAGCAUUGGAUAAAGUUGUUUUAAAAAAUAAUUACAAUUAGAAAAGCUCUAACCCCCCACCUCAAAAAAGGCGCGGGAGGGAGACCUGACGUCAGUACCUGACCAACCGAGGUAGAAGUACCACGUCGGUCUGCGUGCUGCUGCCAACAGUAAUAGUCCGGUUGAUCAGGCCCUGAUCUACCACAAGCCCCGGUUACGAACAGAUCCACGGGGGCGUUGACCCCCCAGAAACCCUCUCCAGGUGUACAGAUUUUUCAAAAUAAGUAAUAUAGUUGGACCUGGAUUGGUUACUUGUGAGAUAAAUCGGUUUUUGAAUGUCGUGUUGAGGGGGAAAAAAAUAUUUUGGUUUUCGUACGUUCUCUUGGAUGUCGACGGACGAGUUUUCGCGUUUACGGAAUGGGAUAGUCAUUAUAAUCAAAAGGAAGCGCUAAAUCUACAAGGGUCAUACAGCGGAAUGGGACAGAGGCUCAGGUCACUUCGGAUUAUUAUAAUCAAGGGAGAACCGCUAAACCCGGAGGGUUAUACAGCGCCUGGGGGGGUGGAUGUGGAAGAACAAAUUUAACCCUCAGGGUGACCCCUGAGGGGAGGUUCCUCGACGCUGGUCAGGGGCUCUUGAUCUAGGGAAUUGGAUCUUGUGCUGCAGUUCCCUGAAUUGAGCCUGAAUACCUUCCAUCCCCUUCCCUACAGAUGCUGCUGUCUAAUCCCCACGGGUUUAGCGCUCCCUCAUGAUUAUUUAGAUGAGCCAGUAGAGGACCUUGUCCCCCUGGGGAGGACCUUGUGUCCCUGGGAAGACCUUGUGCCCCUGGGGAAAACCUUGGACCUAGAGGUAACUGAACAUGUGAAGGAGUCCUUGUGUCCCUGGGGAAGACCUUGUGUCCCUGGGGAGGACCUUGUGUCCCUGGUGAAGACCUUGGACUUAGAGACAACUGAACAUGAUGUGAAGGAGUCCUUUUGUCCCUGGGAAGUUUCUUGUGCCCCUGGGGAGGACCUUGUACCCCUGGGGAGGACCUUGUACCCCUGGGGAGGACCUUGUACCCCUAGGGAGGACCUUGUACCCCUGGGGAAGACCUUGGACGUAGAGGCAACUGAACAUGAUGUGAAGGAGUUGGUGGAGGAACACAAGUGAACUCACCGCAGAAGUUCUCGUAGACCUUCAGAAGGAGCAGCAGAAGAUCUGUCAGAGGAAGAGGGGGGGAGGGAUGAUGUGCCCAUUGCAUUUGUCAAGGAAAUGUGUGCUAAAUGGCGUAAAGUGCAGGAGUUUGCUGGAAAAUACCAUCCAGAUAAAGCAGUGGCCAUCUGUCAUGUAUAGUGACAGAGUCAAGUCUCACUUUAGACAAGUUAAAACGGAGCCCGAAACAAACCCCAUUUGACAGGUUUUUAGUGAGACAAAGAACCAGUAACCCAGAACAAGGUGUUAGUGGUGAAAGAGAGAGAGAGAGAGAAGAGAACACCAGAAGCACAGUUUCCUGACAUUAAUAUGUGACUCUUCUUCCAACCGGUAACUCCCCCCUCCCCCCCUCCUCUCCAACUCCAUCUUCCAAUAUGCCAUUACCACCUCUGACAGCCGACACUUGAUGCGUAAAACGAGACAAUGAAAGAACAGCCGUAUCCAAAUCUUACUUUUAUGCAAUAUUACUCAAGUGUUAAUUGAUGUUCUACACAUUUCACCAGAUAUGCUACGCAUCUUAAUGUCCAAAUUAAUAUGGACUGCAAAUUCAGGAUCUCAAUACAUAAUAAAUUGGGGUCAAAUACCAGUGACCUCAGAAUUUUUUGACUAGCUUCAGCAUUAAACUUUUCCACUGUGGGUUUGGUGCUCUGUUUAAUAUAACUAAACACCUUAAGUUGAAAGGUUAACUUAAUACUGGUAAAGAACUCUUAAUCCAAGGAAUUAGACCUGCAUCAUUAUUAUUUAAAAUAAUCCUUCCAGUGGGUGCCUUGAUGCUGAAGGGCUUUUGAUCCAAGGUAUUAGGGAUGCCUUCACCUUGGAUCAAACUUAAAAGACUCGGGUAUACGGUGAAAAAUCCCCCGCGAAGAGAGAACACAAUUAGUGUCAGGUGCCCAAGACUGUUCAACUGCCUCUCAGCAUACAUAAGAUUAUUUUACAUGGGUGUGUUGAUAAGUGUUUAUAGCUUAAACAUACAUAAAAGGUCUCAAGUAAAUUAAUUGGCCAAACUGAUGGUAGUAAGAUCUUUAUUGCACAGUAACAAAAAUAUGUUUUUCAAGAUGUACACAAUUUAUAUUUACAUUAUCCUGCCUCAAAAAAAAAAAAAAUCUUGAGCCCUCAUUUAGGUUUAAUAUAAACAGUAGUCAUGCCAGCAAA